UUUUUACUCUGAAGCUGUGAGUGCAGAAAUCUCUGUUGGCAAAUUACUCCAGAGCCAUCACAGAACAAUCCUAGAAGAAAGAGUUAAACUCACAGAAUCAGGAUUCCUGAUUCUUUUCCAACAUGGCAGGUGUAAACGUCUGUAUAAAAUGUUCUAUGUUUAUCUUCAACUUUGUGUUCUGGCUAUGUGGUGCCAUUAUCCUUUCCAUAGCUAUUUCGAUACGAGCAGGGAAAAUUGGUCAAGAGAUUCUUGUUCCUGGGGAUGCUAACCUUAGCCCCUUUAUUGCUGUGAAUAUGCUAAUUUUUGUGGGUGCUGUCAUCAUGAUUCUGGGUUUCCUGGGAUGCUGUGGUGCCAUAAAAGAAAACCAGUUCAUGAUGAUUUUGUUUUUCUUAGGACUGCUUAUGAUCCUACUCCUGCAGGUGGCAGCAGGUAUCCUAGCAACUACUAGCAAAUCUAAGACUGAACAAACUCUGAAUAAGACUCUCAUGAUUAAUGCACGUCUUUUGAGUUCAACAAAUGAAAAUGAAAGAGUAUUCCAGAAAGUCUUUUCUGAACUUCAAGGAGAGGGUAAAGUCAAGAUUUGGACAGAGGUGAAGGUAUUCCACUAUCUGGCUCCUACCUUGUAUUUUAACUUUACUAAAGACAACUCCAGAAAGCACUGUGGUCCAACCAGCUCUCCCGUGGCGCUGCAGGCUCUCCUCUCGCGGGUGGAGGAGCCCUGCGUGGCUGGGUCUGCAAAGGGCCAGCAGGCGACCCACCCGCACUGCGCGUGCGCAGGUGACUCCCGGGCCAGGUGCUCGCCCUCCCCGUACCUGUACCUCCACCUCCGCCCUCACCUCCAGGGGCUGCAAAACGAGAGCCAGGUCUGA